AUGUCUCAGUCCAGCGACACGGUGGCACUGAGCGGCAGUGCCCCCGGGGACAACUACCCACGCUCAAACAUCUUCGACUUUGUGUUUGGCAACUCAUUUUCAGAACAGUCCAGCUUCGUGCCCCCAUCCCAAAGACUGCCCCACAUAGAGGACUCGCGGCCCAUCUUUGUGGACAACAACAAUGAGCGCACACUCACCUACGGCAGGGCGCGGCAGGACGCCCUCACGGUCUCGGCGAACCUGCGCUCGCUGGGCCUGGACCCGGACGACACCCAGGCCCUCCCGGCGACGGCGUCGUGCGCCCGCCCGGAGCUGGCCCCCGUGGUGCUGAUCCAGCUGCCCAACUGCCUGGCCUUCGCGUCCGUCCUGUUCGGCACCUUCGCGUCGGGGCUGACCGCGUCCCUCGCCUCCCCGGCCCUCACCGCCACCGAGCUGGCCUGGAUCCUGCAGAACGCGCGGCCCCGCGCUAUCGUUACGGCCACGGCGUCGCUGGGCGCCAUGCGCGAGGCCCUCCGCGCGCAGGAGGACGCCGCCUUCUUCGCCGCGGUCCCCGUGUUCACCGUCGACGUGGCCGGCGACUCUUACCUCUCGGGCAGCCCGCCCCCGCCCACGCCCCCGUCAUCAUCGCCGGGGGCCGCCGGCCAGGAGCAGGACUGGUCAGCCCUGCUCCGGACCCCAUCCACACCACAAAAGUCAUACCACCUCUCCGCGGUGGCGGCGCCGAACCGCACGGCCGUCAUCCUGUGGUCGUCGGGGACGUCGGGGCGCUCCAAGGGCGUGCUCAUCUCGCACGGCGCGCUCGUCUUCGCCACGGCGUCGAUCUGGUACGACGCCGACUUCCACCGGCCGGGGCUGCAGCAGCGGUGGCUGGGCUACGUGCCCUUCUACCACGUCUUCGGGCUGUGCAACAUCUUCCUGCUGGCGCCGGCCGUGGGGGCCUCGUGCCACGUCAUGAGCUCCUUCAACCUCGAGGCCAUGCUGGCGGGCGUCGCGCGGCGGCGCGUCACGUACCUGCACAUGGCGCCCCCCGUGGCCGUGAUGCUCGCCAAGGCCGCCGUCGUGGACAAGUACGCCCGCGAGGGCGGGUUCGCCACGGUGCUGGCGGGCGUCACGGGCGGCGCGCCGCUGGGCCACGAGGUCGUCCUCGAGGUGCACCGGCGCCUCGGGUUCCGCGUCAAGAUGGGCUACGGCCUGAGCGAGACGUGCAACACGUCGCUGCAGCGCGGGAGCAGCGAGGCCGACAUGCACGAGGGCGCCGGCGACAGCGGCAGGCCGCACUACGGCGUGGAGCUGUGCAUCGCCGCGGACGGGCAGGACUUUUCUUCUGGUCGUACUACCGUCCCGGCCAGGCUCGGCGAGCCAGGCGAGAUCCUCAUCCGCUCGCCGUCGCUGAUGAGCGCGUACCUGCCCAUCGGCGGCGUGGGCAGGGGGGCCCCGGCGCCCGACAUGAGCAUCACAACCGAGGCCCUCACGCCGGACGGGUGGUUCCGCACGGGCGACGUCGGGUUCCUGGACGCCCGGGGCGCGGUGCACAUCACGGACCGGCUCAAGGAGCUGAUCAAGGUGCGCGCGUACCAGGUGGCUCCCGCCGAGCUCGAGGCGGUGCUGUGCAGCAGCGAGGGCGUCGCCGACGCCGGCGUGAUCGGCGUGUACGACUCGUCCCAGGCGACCGAGUGGCCGCGGGCGUACGUGGUGCCGCGGGACGCGGACCUGGUCAGGAACGGGGACAGGGCCGGGCUCGAGAGGCUCGCGGGUGAGCUCAAGGCGCUGGUGGAGAAGAGGACGGCGCGGUACAAGUGGCUCAUCGGGGGCAUCGUGUUUGCGGAUGCGAUCCCCAAGUCGCCCAGUGGGAAGAUCCUGAGGAGGGUGAUCAAGGACGGCGGGGUCAAGGGCGGGAUUGAGGUCUCUGUGUACCAGAAGAAGAAGAGGGACUCGAAGCUGUAG